AACAGACCCAAAAUUUAUGGGGUAGUGGACUGAUCAUGAUAGAUCAUUUUUCUGGCGAUUAUAAAUGGACAGCUUGUUGAGGUUAUGUCUUCAACAUAUUCGACGGAAUUGUCGUGGAUUUUGGGCAUAACCGACAACUUUGGCUGUCGUUGUUCAUUAUUCCCCACUUUUCCUCGCUUUCCCUAUCUUCUUCUGUUUUUCCUCUUUUCUCCGGCGAGGUUAGCUUUCGCCGUUCGUGCUGCACUGAGUAGCUGACCGGCGCACGUCCUGCUCUCUAAGUCCCCACGCCAGUGACGAUCUGUGCUCCAAAACCAAACUCCACCGACUCCACAUCACAACAUCGGCACCUUGCCUGGAAAUUGGCACACCGUCCACGGCUAACAUGGAAAUAGCUACUCUACAUCCGAGCACUAUAGUACCAGAAGUUCUUAAAAAAGAUAAUUAUGAAAGGUGGAGCAUUUUAAUAAAACACUACUUAGUGGCUCAAGAUGUUUGGGAUGUUGUUGAACCAAGACCGACGACUGAAGAAACAAAUGAGAUGGUGUGGACUAAAAAGAAUGCUUUAGCUCUACAUGCCAUUAAGAUUUCAUGUGGAGCAAAGGCGUUUGAUCUAAUAAAGAACAAAGAGUCAGCCAGAGAAGCUUGGAAGGAGUUAUUCGGUAUGCGGAAAGUCCCAGUCUAUCAUGACAUCCCCAGGCGCCACGAAUUUGACCCUCUGGACAUGGUCAUGCCCGAGGAAAGAGGGCUGCAAAGUUAUUUGCAUGACUGCAUUUAUAAUGGGAAUAGAAGGGGAGUAGAGAGCUUAAUCUAUUUAUUCCCGAGAGAUCAGGGAAUAUUCAAAUCUGGCCUUCAUGUUGCAAUUACCGCUGGCCAGGAGGACAUAGCACGCGUCCUCUACCGACUGAUUGAUCUGAAAGAACUUUCACGUGAAGACUAUGGCUUCAUUCUUCUUGAAGAGUGUAUAACUAAGAAAAUGUUCGAAAUUGCAUUAGAUUUACUCAACAAAUUUCCAGACUUGGCAACUAACAUACCCCCUCAGGGUUACAUUCCAAUCAUUUUAACACUUGUUAAAACACUUGCUUCAUUCGUCAGAGGAAGUCGACUUGGACGUUGGAGAUUGUGGAUAUGUUAUUCAAAACGAACAUAUGAUCUACAGUCGAGAGAUGUGGAUGCUCGUGAGGUUGUAAGUUUCUUAUGUCAGAAAUUGCGAGAUUUAGAGCACAACCAAUUUGUGCAAAAUAUAGCAGUAGAAGCUAUCUUUCUGGCCAUUAAGAAUGGAAUCCCGGAGAUUGCAAUUGAGAUAGCGGUUGAAAUUGCAAAAGCUAAAAAAGAUAUAUUGUGGACCAGCACUGAUCCUGAAGAUUCAAGAACCAUUUUUGCAUAUGCUAUAGCACAUCGUCAAGAGAAAGUGGCAAGCUUUCUUUAUGGACAUAAGGCAGUUAAAUUGUAUGACACUGAUGAAUAUGGAAACAAUAACUUACAUCUAGCAGCAAAGUUGGCUCCUCAAUUUCAACUAGAUCGCAUCUCUGAUGCAGCUUCGCAGUUGCAAAGUGAAGUACGCUGGUUUAAGUCGGUGGAAGAAAUUGUUCCACGGUUCUGCAACGAACAGAAAAAUAAAGAUGGUGAAACUCCUUACCAAGUGUUUGUUAAAGAACAUAAGAACAUGUUAAAAGAAGCUGAAGAAUGGAUGAAGAAAACUGCAGAAUCUUCUACAGUCAUAGGUGCUCUUAUUAUCACUAUUAUGUUUGCUGUGGCUUUUACUGUUCCAGGUGGGAACGAUGAAAAUACAGGAUUCCCCAUAUUUUUGAACACAACGGCACCGGCAGAAUCUUUUACGGUUACACCGUUUACGUUAUUCAUAAUAUCAGAUGCAAUUUCCCUUUUCACUGCAGCCAGUUCAGUGUUGAUAUUUUUGGGGAUUCUCAGUGCACGUUACGCUUAUGAAGAUUUUCUUAUAUCCUUGCCCAUAAAGUUGAUUUUUGGUCUUUCUUUUCUCUUCAUCUCUAUUGCAACAAUGACAGUAGCAUUUUGUGCUACUCUUUACGUGAUGCUACGAGGUCAACAGAAGGAAGUCAUUCCAAUAACUGUGCUUGCUGGUAUUCUUAUCAUGUGCCUUGUGUUGAUGCAGCUUCCUCUUCUUCUUAAGAAUAUGGCUUUAACUCCUAGGCGAAACAUCUUUGAUAGAAAAACUGCAACAGCAUAGGAAUUGCUUGCCAGUAAUAUCCCCAUCCUUUCAUUUGUGGUAGACGUAGUGAUCGAUAUAAAGGACCGACUGAUCAGCUAUCUAAGAAGCAGAAACGGAUAGUCGUGGUUAAGUGUACUUUUUGUUUUUUUAGCUAUGUGGUGCAAUUAAACGACUCUAGUCUAUAUAUUUUCUAGUUGGAAUAAGUACUUGGUGGAUCGAUGUAUAUUCUUUCCAGAUUUCGAAGUCAAAUUCUUCUUU